ACGACCACAGCCACAUCAGCGGCAUUUAGUUGGACGCAUUCGCUCAAAAGAAACGUGUACUUAGAAUUAAAUAUUAUAAUUAAAAUAUAUAUACAUACAUACAUACAGUUAAAAUUUCAUCAUGCAGUUGUGUAAUUUAUUACUCGGCUACAUCUCAGCGCUAGCUCUGGCUGAGGGUCUCAGCUUCACCGUAACUUCAAGAAUAUAUUUAGAUGUGAAACACCAAAAGAAAUCUCUGGGUCGAAUAGAAAUCGGUCUGUUUGGGAAAAUUGCACCCAAGGCUGUGGCUAAUUUUAGACAUAUCUGUAUGCGGGGCAUUAACGGUACUACAUAUGCGGGCUCCAAGUUUCAUCGCGUUAUUAAUCGUUUCCUCAUACAAGGCGGAGAUAUUCUAAACGGUGAUGGCACCGGCUCAACUAGCAUUUAUGGCGACUAUUUUGAGGAUGAAGCAUUAACUGUUGCCCAUAAUCGUCCGGGUUAUGUGGGUAUGGCUAAUCGUGGACCCAAUACGAAUGGUUGUCAAUUCUAUAUAACUACGAUAUCGGCUGAAUGGCUCAAUGGGAAACACACGGUGUUCGGAAAAGUUCUCGAUGGCAUGGAUACGGUGCAUGCCAUUGAAGAUGUUAAAACGGACACUGAAGACUAUCCCAUGGAUCCUGUAAUCAUUUCAAACUGUGGUGAGCUACCAACGGAACCGUUCGAAUUUUAUCCUGAUGAUUUUAACAUAAUGAGCUGGGUCAAGGCAGCCGGCUUGCCAGUUAUGAGCUCCUUCAUAGUAUUGCUCAUUUUCCAUUACUUCUUCCGUCAGUUAAAUAUGUAUUGUUGACUACUACGACGUACUCUGCGUGCAGUUCGUUUCAGAUUUUUAUAGCUUUAAAAAAAUAUAUUUGAAUGUUCGCUAAUUAUAAAAAAUUUUAUGUAUGUAUAUAUAG